UCCUCCUGUUUUUCCUAUUCGAUUUGCUUAAGAUACUCACAAGAUCCAAAACUAAAAACCCAACUCCAAAACUUCCCCCAGGACCAUGGAAGCUACCUCUCAUUGGAAGCAUCCAUCACCUAGCUGGCUCACUACCGCAUCAUUCUUUGAGAAAUUUGGCAAGGAAAUAUGGACCCCUCAUGCAUCUGCAACUAGGAGAAAAUUCAACGAUUGUCAUAUCAGCGCCACGACUGGCCAAAGAGGUAAUGCACACGCAUGAUCUAGCCUUUGCAAAUAGGCAUGAAGUUCUAGCAGCUAAGAUUAUGACCUAUAAUUUUGUAGACAUUGCAUUUUGUCCCUAUGGUGAUUACUGGAGACAAAUACGCAAAAUUUGCAUCUUGGAACUCCUGAGUGCCAAAAAUGUCCGCUCCUUCCGUUCUAUUCGGGAGGAUGAGGUUUUCCAUCUUAUCAAGUCCAUCAAAUCAUCCUUCGGUUUGCCAAUCAAUCUUACCAAAAAGAUAUUUUCUUUGACAAAUGACAUAACGUUUAGAGCAGCAUUUGGAAAGAGAUACGAAGACGAAGAUGCACUUAUACCCUUGAUUAAGGAGUCGAUAGAGCUGUCAGGGGGUUUUGAUGUGUGCGAUUUGUUUCCCUCGCUCAAAGUACUUCAAUUUCUCAGCGGGAUGAGGUCGAAAUUAGUAGGGCUUCAUCGCAAGAUGGAUCAGAUGCUCGAAAAUAUAAUCAACGAGCAUGAAGAAAAUCUCGGAAGCUCUAAAGAGAGAAAUGGUGAAGUUGGGGAGGAAAAUCUUGUCGACGUGCUGCUUAGACUUAAGCAAAGAGGUGGGCUUCAAUUUCCUAUCACAAACAACAAUAUUAAAGCUAUCAUUCAGGAAAUUUUUUCUGCUGGAACUGAAACUUCCUCAAGUACAGUCGAAUGGGCAAUGUCAGAAAUGGUGAGGAAUCAAAGAGUAAUGGAAAAGACACAAGAUGAACUGAGACAAGCCCUCAGGGGAAAUAAAAGAAUCUGCGAAACUGACCUUCAGGAGUUGAUAUAUUUGAAGUUGGUAAUCAAAGAAACCCUCAGGUUACACCCUCCUGCUCCCUUGUUAUUGCCUAGAGUAUGUAGGGAACAAGCUGAGAUUGAUGGAUACCUUAUACCCAUUAAAACAAAAGUUAUUGUGAAUGCCUGGGCUAUGGGAAGAGAUCCUGAGUAUUGGGAUGAUGCUGAGAAGUUUUCACCAGAGAGAUUCGAUAACAGUCCCGUUGAUUUUAUAGGAAACGAUUUCCAAUAUAUUCCAUUUGGGGCAGGGAGAAGGAUAUGUCCAGGGAUGUCUUUUGGUCUAGCAAAUGUCGAACUUCCUCUAGCUCAAUUGUUGUAUCACUUCAAUUGGAAACUACCCAGUGGGACUAAGCCAGAAGAUCUAGAUAUGACAGAGACCUUUGGAGCAAGUGCUAGGAGAAUAAGCAACUUGCAUUUGAUUGCUACUCCUUAUUUCACUUGAUCAUGAGUAAAGCCACCGUUAGAAUGCGAUGGACCACAAUUAGUCUUCCUUUUCAUUAUACAAAUGAUUAGAUUCUAUGUUUCGUAUUUGUAAAAUGUUUUGGCUGAAGUAAUUUCAUUUUCCUAUUCUUCGAGAACAUAACAUUCCAAGCACACUAAAGCAUAAGGUGCGAUGUUCUCAAAUUCCAUGUCUAUGUUCACUGUUUAUGAAUUCUUCCUUUUCCUUUGGUUUCAUAUUUGCAAAUCCAAUUUGCUUAGUACCUUUUUCUAGAGAUUCUCAUUCAAUUCAACUAGUUCAGAAAAAGGUUUGAACAGAUCAAUAGAGGUGACUCUAAGAUUAUUUAUCCUAUUUCCUUAGUACCUUUUCCUCUUCUCUUCUUGUUCUCGUGAAUAUAGCUGGUGGAGUAGCAGUUUUGGUUUUCUCUCUAAGUUAUAAAUGAGCAACACAUUCAAGGUCAAAUUGCUUUAACUUGUCUCCAUUUGUUUAUGUUUUCAUCUUUCCUUUUUGGUUGUUGAGCAGUAUAAGCAACAUAAUUGUGUAUUGUUAUGGAAUUCAUAUAAUUAGAAGCUGACGUUUGAAAACUCAAAGCUUGUCAUAGUUUCAACUUUCAACUUAUCGAUAUCUUGAAUUACACUGGUCUUGUGUUGGUAACUCGGUAAUACAUAUAUUCAAGGCCAUACAAUCCAGGUGAUUUUAAAUGUGCAUCUCUAAUUAAUUUGCUGGUUAAUUUCUUGGUUGGCGACAAUCCUGAUUUUUGUCAUAAUCAGAGUCAUUGCUUCUCUUCAUACCAGGAU